AUGUCAACUUUGGACUUUGGAGAGACACCAGAAAUUUUAAAUGUGUCGUUUAUGAACUCUUCAACUAUUAUAAAUAACACAAAAGACAAGGGGAUACAACGUGACGAGACAAUAGCGCGGAUAGAGGUCGGAGUCUUGGCGUCAAUUUUCACCCUGACUAUCCUGGGAAACAUGUGUGUCCUAGUGGCACUGGCAGUGAGACGGAUCAAAAUGGCUAGGAUGUAUUACUUUCUCUUACAUCUCUGUAUUUCAGACCUUAUUACUGCGUUUUUUAACAUUCUGCCCCAACUUGCUUGGGAUGUUACGUAUCGAUUUUAUGGUGGAAAUAUACUGUGUAAAGUAAUUAAAUAUUUGCAGAUUUUGGGCCCUUAUUUAUCUUCCUACGUCUUGAUGGUUACGGCCAUCGAUCGUUAUCAUGCGAUUUGUUUUCCGCUUAGAAACUGUGUCUGGACUCCUCGAAAGUCAAAGCUAAUGAUCAUUGCUGCCUGGACAAUAUCGAUGUUAUGUUGUGUACCUCAAGUGUUCAUUUUCUCGUACCAGAAAGUUCUAAUAGAACCAAUUACUUUUGACUGUUGGGGGGUUUUCAUUCAACCAUGGGGAGAAAAAGUUUACGUCUUGUGGUAUGCUUUGUCACAGUUUUUCAUUCCACUUAUUGUAAUAACUUUCACUUGUGUUCGCAUAUGUAAGAAUGUUUGGUAUAACUUUCAUUUGAGAGGAAAAAACUCUAGACCUCAGACAUGCAACGAUGUUGUAGACGAACAUAACAGAAGAUCUUACCGCUUCAAGGGACGUGGUCAAGUAGAAGUGUGUCUAGACGCUGAGGCUAACAUGACAAAAUAUGAUCAACAAAACUACAAUGGUCCCAGAAGUCACUCUAUGCGAGGUCUAUCACGUGCUAAAGUCAAGACAGUUAGAAUAACUGUAGUGGUGAUUGCUUGCUACAUUAUUUGUUCAACACCAUUCAUUGUUGUUCAGCUUUGGGCUUACUGGAGCCCGUAUGCCCAGACUUCGCCUAUUUGGAAAGGACCAACAGUUGCCAUUUUGAUGCUUCUAGCAAGUUUGAAUAGCUGCGUGAACCCAUGGAUAUAUUUGGCCUUCAACCAUAACCUAGUUACUGCCUUGAAACAUAUAUGUUGCCACGAAAGAUCCCAGGGUUACUCUCCCCAGGUCCCCGUGGAAAACAUUAAUAACACUACCAGUAGAAGUUCACAGACAGACAAUGAAAUCUGCACUUCCUAUCCACUCAGCUUGAGAUGCGGUGUUCACUACACAUCUUCUUUUCGCCUCAAAAAGACAAAGAUAACUGGUUGUCGACCGUGUCCAAAUAUCCAGGAUCUUCACGAUGAAGCAGAGACGUUCAGUGCAUAA